AGGAGGAAGGAACAUUUCUGUGAACCUUCCAAAUGGAAUCAUUUACCAAAUAUGAGAAAGUAUAAACCUUCUUGGAAGGGAAGUCAACAAACAAAAAUGUCAUUUUUGAGGGGAAUUCCCAGAGAGAUGGAAAGAUUGCGAAAAUUAAUCCAGAUAAAACAUACAAAAGGGGAAAGAGAAAGGAGGCUAUGGAGGUGACGUUGCGAAUGAAUUAUCAAGUAUUGUUUAUGAUCCCGAGGUUCAAAAGGACGGCCAUGGGCAGAUAGAAAUGGAAGCUGCAAUUGGGGGCUGGAUCCAUUUGACCACCGCUCUACAUGGUGGCUUUGAAUCCUCCUAGACUCUUCUUUAAUCCUUCUGGAGAGCAGUUGGCUUCUAUAGAGUCUCCAUCUUUCUGUGGGUUUUGUUGAGGAUUUGAGAGGAAAAGGUUGGAAUUUGAGGUGGUUUGUGUGGAAAAGGUCAGAUUUUGAAGUGCUCUUUUAUUGUUUGAAUUGAGAUUUGUGUGGUUUGGCAGGAAAAGGUGGGAAUUUGAGGAAGAACUAGAGAUUUUGGUUGUUCUGUUGCAGAAAGUUGUGAUUUUUAUGGUUUCUAAUUCUCCCUUGUUCUAAAAGAUUGGCCCUUUAUUUGUUCAUUUUUUUUUCCUGUUUGUAAAAAUUCCAAGAAGGUUUGAAGAAUCAUUUGGUUCUAGAGGUUGAGUUGUCCUUGGGAGAUGUCUGGUGUUCAGGAACAAGUAGAGAUCAAAUUCAGAUUGCAUGAUGGAUCAGAUAUUGGCCCCAGAAAGUAUCCUGCUGCUACAAGAGUUGCAACACUAAAGGAAAGCAUUCUUGCUCAAUGGCCAAAAGAGAAGGAGAAUGGACCGAGGACCGUGAACGAUCUUAAACUCAUCAAUGCUGGAAAGAUCUUGGAGAACAACAACACAUUGGGAGAGUGCAAGAGCCCGAUAUGCGAUUUAUCGGGAGGUAUAACCACAAUGCAUGUCGUCGUCCGGCCUCCAUCUUCAGAAAAAUUGACUGAAAUCUGUUAAUCAACCUCCAAAGUCAACAUGUGGGUGUGUUAUACUGUGAUUUACUCCUCUUUUUGGUGAACAAUUUUCUUGUGUUCAUUCAUUGGAAAUGUUUUUGCUCUGUAUAUAGUAAUACUCUGUUAUCUUUUCUUAUUUGCAAUUGAUUAACAAUUAGUCCUUGCAAAAGUUUGUCUUCCACAGAGGAUUAUUUUGGGAGAAAGUCAUUUUUGCAUGAACUAAUUGUUACAUUUUCCAUGUACUAAUUUAUAUCUUAAACUGAAUGAUUAUUAGAAAUUUGUGAA